UGCCGGGUCGCGAGACGAUUGUCCUCUUCCAUUGAGAGGAAUCGACAAUACUCCGCCAUAAGAGUGCCGCGAGAGGAGGAGAAUCGCCACGCGAAAAUCGUUUGCCAUCGUUAAACGGGUCGGUAAGCUGAUAUCCUGAGGAUGACGCGCGUCGCGCAUCGGCUCGGCCUCCACCAGCUCCUUCUGGGGUUCAGCCUGCUGAUCAAGCCCCUGCUGGGCUACAACAUCCUGAUGGCCACUAUGGGUGGCACCAAGUCCCACACGGUGCCCUUCGUCGCCCUUGGUACGAGCCUGAGGUCGCAGGGGCACAACGUCACGCUGCUGAGCGCUUUCCCCGGUCCCGCGGCGAAUAAUGGUCUUCACGAGCUGGUGCCGUCGAUCCUCGAGGCCUACGUCGAGAAUUUCACGGCUGAGUGGGACCUGGUGGGCGCCAGGUUCCGGAACGAGCUUCCGAUAUCGCCAUGGGACGCCAUGAGAUACGCCUGGGAGUCCUGCGAGGCGUUGCUGCAGGACGCGCCGUCGAUGGCCGGCAUGAGAAAUCCGGACGGCGAUCCGCACGCUCGAUGGGACGUCGCGGUGCUCGACGGCGCUUAUCCCGAGUGCAUGCUGGGAAUCCUCCACGGCGAGAACGUGCCCACGAUAAUGUUGAACACGGUGGCAUUGUACAGCGGGUCCAUAAUGCGACAGGGCAAUCCAUCACCGUGGUCGGUGACGCCGUAUUUCGGUAAGGCGAUCACGCAGGACAUGACCUUCCUGCAGAGAGUCCUGAACGCGGCGGCUCUGCUCACGCUAAGGAUUAUGCAUUGGUUCACGCUCUCGAUUUAUCUUCAGCCGACGCUCCAGCGAUACCUCGGCAAUCAUAUACCCGACGAUCUGCACAGUCUGACAGCGGAGGUCCCCCUGACUUUGCAGAACAGCCAUUAUAGCGUGGGCGAUUCCGUGCCCUACUUGUCGAACGUCGUAAACGUGGCGUGCCUCCACUGCAGACCGGCGAUGCAAUUAAGUUCCGACUUGGAGUCCUUUCUGCGACACGGUUUCGUGUUUGUCUCGAUGGGAUCGUCGGUGCGGGCCUCCGGGAUGCCGGAGGCGCUACGGCAGAUCUUUGUCGCGGUAUUCUCCACGCUACCGUACAACGUCGUGUGGAAGUGGGACGGUGGCAAGAUCAAGGAUCUGCCGGCGAACGUGAGGACGGCUGCCUGGUGGCCGCAGCAGGAGCUGCUCGGCCAUCCCAAGCUGCGCGCCUUCGUUUCCCACGGCGGGCUGUUGUCCCUGCACGAGGCUGCUUACCACGGCGCGCCGACUCUGGUCCUGCCGGUCUUCUGCGAUCACGAUGGAAACGCGGCGCAAGCUGAUAAAUUGGGUUAUGCUUUGGUAAUGGAUAUGACUAGUAUAUCCAUCAGUGCGCUUCGCGAAGGUAUAAUUAAAGUUGCGGCGCUUCACAAUAACUCAUACAGAGAGGCGGCUAAGAAGAGGAGUGCAUUACUGCGUGACCUUCCGAUCGGGCCCAGAGAAUUGGCCACGUGGUGGGUAGAACACGUUGCCAAGCACCGCGGAGCCGAUCAUUUGAAGAGUUCAAUCAGGUAUAUGAGCGUGUUCCAUUAUUACGGCAUGGACGUCGCGAUAUUUUAUAUACUGAGUUUAAUUCUGAUAAUUUACGGGCUAAAAAAAUUGUGCUGGCGAGUGGUAAUCAGUCAGAAUACCUUCAAGAAGAAAAUAGACUGACGGAUAACUCCGCAAAGUCCUUCGCCAAAUUUAUUUUAUUUAUUCUAGUGAAUAGGAUGUAAUCACUUAAUGAUACGUAAGUACAUACAUAAGUUUUAAUUGGGACAAAAAUGGGGAUUGUGUAAGUCGGAGGACAAAAUCUCGGCUUCCUAAAGAUCUCUAAUAUAUUUUUUACGUAUAAUUAAUAAGUCAUUUGUAAUUAUAGUUGUUACUUUAUCGAUGUAAUUAUUACGAUUCAUGAUAAAUUUAAUUUGUAAUAUGUCACGACAUGAUAAACUGAAAAAUUUAUGUGUACGAAAUAAGAGAUACUUUUAUGUGUA